ACUGUUACUUAAUGUUAAUGUGCUUUAGUCAGUCGUUUCUGUAAACUAAACAACUGUGAAGAAUGGAUAAGCUUAAAAAGAAAAAGAAGGUCAAACGAGGAACAAGAAAAACAAUAGCCGGAAUCAAACUGCCACCUAUUGAACCCGUAGAAGGUAUUAAAACUAUUGUAGAUGUAGAUCCUGCUUAUUAUUCCCUAGUAGAAGGUCGCCCCUUAAAACAGAGCAAAUCUAUCAAUGAGUACAAAAAAUGUAUAAAGAGUGUGGCUUUGAACAGGACUCUUCAUGGUUUUUUGGUCGACGAAAUUCUUAGGAUUGACAGAGAGAUAGAAAGUGAGCGAAAUAUUUAUGAAACAGCAUUCAAGCAUUUCGAAGAAUACCAGAAUAGUUUCGAUAAGUUUCUUGCAGACGACAACAAUAAAACUAUCGCGAUAAUGCAAAAGUCAGAUGCUUUAGAUAAGGAAUUAGCAAACCAAACUGAGAAACAUAAGAAAGCUAACUACGAAAUGGCUUCCUUGAAGUCUAAAUUGCAGUACAUUGAUGAAAGUUUAAUGAUAUUACUAUCAUUCCAAAAUUUUCUUUAUAAAGCCUCCCCUAUUUUGUGGCAAGACAGCCAUAACAUAAAGCUAGAUGUAAAACACCCAGAAAUUUUUACAAUGGAAUCAGAUAUCUUUGUGAACAUUGACGAAGAUGCUAUAGCGAAGAAACUGAAGGACCUUCCGCCACCGCAACUAUACUUCGAAACACCAAAGCAGCUGUUGACGAUUUUUGAUUUACUGGAAAAGCAAAACUUAAAUUAUUUAUUGCUAACCACGGAGUUCAGCUCAGAGAAAAAUAAAUUUUUGAAGACAGUUGAAGUUUUGAAGGCAAUUUUGCGGCAGGAAUUGGAUUUUAUAAAAGAAAAGAUCAAAGAAGUUCAAGUUACAAUACAAAGGAACGAUGAGCGGGAAGCCGAACUGAAAGAAGUGUUCUUCAGGAUAUUACAAGUAAAAAUAAAAGAAACUGUUUCAUCGGAUACAGCUUUGCAAAUUUUCAAUUACGUAGAAUUUGCGUAUGAACAACUCAUAUCGCAGAACGAGACUAAAUUUGGCUCUUUAGAUAUGGCCCUAGCCUUGGAACGUGAAUAUGAUAAUUUACUGAUUGCUAUAUCUGCUUAUGAUCUUGACAUGAUAAAACAAAUAGAAAAAGAAACUUACGAACAUGGGCGUAUGGAAAUAAAGCAAGCUAAACAAGCUGAAAAGCUGUUGAAGGACGUUGAUAAACUUUCGAGGCGGUUAAAGUCUUCCUAUGAGCCGACGAGGCGGAAAGCUAACGAAAUGUAAGUCGCAUAGUAAGUAGCAGUUUCUUUAUAGGUAUUAAGUGAUUCUAAACUAGUAUUUUUAACUAAAUAAUAGAAGGUACCUACUUGGUAGAGUAGGUAUUAUGUUAUGUUCCUAUUCAUCUUCGGCAUUCUGGAUGUUAUUUUUAA